GCGGCGGAGCCGGGGCCGGGCGCGCGCGGCGGCGGCGCCAUGGGGCGGUUGGGGCCGGGGCUGCCGGCGGGGCCGCCGCGGCGCUCGGGGGCUGCGCGCUCCCGCGGGCCGGGGGGCAGCGCCCGCUGAGCGCGGCGCGGAGGCAGCGCCAGGCAUGGCCGACCCGCUCCGCAGGACGCUCUCCAAACUGCGGGGCAGAAGGUCCCAGCGAGGCGCGGCGGCUGGCGCCGGGCACCGCCACGGCGGGGUCUGCGCCCCGCAGGAUUUCAUAGAAAAUGUUUACAUAGCUUCGAGAAGCAGGAAGGAGCCCGAGUGCCGCCAGGCCAGCGAGGUGCCCGAGCACAGGCCGCAUGUGAACAGCAUCACCGUUUCCAAGAAACGCAGCUGGCUGCAGCAGAGCACCCACCGACGGCCCCCUCCUCCUCUGGAAGAAGGAAAUGCCUGUAAGGAAGUGCCCGGGGCCGCUGUCCCGGUACCCAGAUCUCCCGUGCCGCUGCCUGAGCCCGCAGUGCCCUGGGCUCCCUGCAGGCCGGCCGCGGGGCGGGAGCGGAGCUGCGCCCUGCCGAGCCCGCCCGCGCUGGGCAGCUCCGGCCCCGACUGCGGCGAGGACGGCGACGCGGAUGAUGAAGGAGAAAUAUGGUACAACCCCAUCCCUGAAGACGAUGAGCCCGACUUGCCCGGGGUCCACCCUUCUGCUGUGAAUAGCCUUGUUGCUGUGGGCUCCCCGUCGGUUCGGUACAAAGCCCACCCUGGGGGUGACUCUGAGGGAGCCGCACGCUCGGCGGAUGCCGCGGGGAGCGGCUGGGCCCAGCCUGCUGAGGGCAGCCCGGCGGAUGCCGGGGAACAGCCGCAGCAGCCCCCGCAGAGGUUUGCCUGCAAGGCUCCCGCUGUGCCAGCAGCAGAGGACAAUCCUGCCUUCAAGUGUCCUUCCACAGGGUUUGGAGCUGCUCUUGCACGCAAGCCUGAUAUACCCUCCACAGAGGUUUCUCCUCCAAGUCCCAGUCCCCUGAAAAAAAGCGGAUCAAUCAACUGGCCUUUCCCUGAUAGAAUUAAAUCUCCCAGGACUGUGAGAAAGCUUUCCAUGAAAAUGAAAAAGCUGCCAGAGCUGAGCAGGAAGCUGAGUGUGAAGGGAAGUUCAAGCCAUAGUAGUUCAGAUAAUCCUCCUUCCCUGCUGAAAAGUAGCUGCCGGGAUACAAGCCAUACAGUGUCUUUGCCUUCUUCUGGAAACUCUACCACAGCUGCCAGCAGGAAUGUGAUAAGCCGUUACCAUCUUGACAGCAGUGUGUCCUCACAACACACCUACAAAAAGAAGAGCUUGAGGAGCUCCAAAUCCUUCAACAAAGGUGGUUACCUCAGUGAUGGUGACUCUCCUGAACUUAUAACAAAAUCGGGUAAACACAGACAUGACACCAAGUGUGGGAAAGGAAAGGAGAGCCUUCCAAGUAACAGUGGUAAACCCGAAAUAGAUAUUGAUGCCUUCAGACACUACAACUUUUCUGAUCAACCCAAGUGCUCUCAGUACAUCUCUGGACUCAUGAGCAUUCACUUUUAUGGUGCUGAAGACUUAAAGCCACCACGAAUAGACUCAAAAGAUGUCUUUUGUGCAAUACAGGUUGACUCAGUAAACAAAGCAAGGACUGCCCUGCUCACAUGUAGGACAACAUUUCUUGACAUGGACCACACAUUCAACAUAGAAAUCGAAAAUGCUCAGCACUUAAAGCUGGUGGUGUUCAGCUGGGAACCCACCCCACGGAAAAACAGAGUGUGUUGCCAUGGAACUGUGGCUCUUCCCACUCUCUUUCGGGUCACCAAAACACAUCAACUGGCUGUCAAACUGGAGCCCAGGGGGCUUAUUUAUGUCAAGCUGUCACUCAUGGAGCAGUGGGAGAACUCUCUUGAUGGCCUUGACACAAACCGUGAGCCUGUGAUGUUUGGGGUGGAUGCUCGGAAAGUUGUAGAGAAGGAAAAUGCGGGCUUGAUGGUGCCACUUUUGUUGCAGAAAUGCAUUCUGGAGAUUGAAAAGAGAGGCUGUCAGGUGGUGGGGCUGUACCGGCUCUGUGGCUCAGCAGCGGUGAAGAAAGAGCUUCGAGAGGCGUUUGAGAGGGACAGCAAGGCUGUUACUCUCUGUGAGAGCCAGUACCCAGACAUUAAUGUCAUAACAGGUGUCCUAAAGGAUUAUCUGCGAGAGCUGCCCUCUCCCCUGAUAACCAAGCAGCUCUAUGAAGCAGUGUUGGAUGCAAUGGUGAAAAAUCCCUUGAAAAUGACAGCCAGUGGCUGUGAGAAUGAUCCAAGUGACUCUGAGCACACAGCAGCCCUUUUGGAUUGCCUGCCAGAUGUUGAGAAGGCUACCCUGAAGAUGCUGUUGGAUCACCUGAAAUUGGUGGCUUCUUACCACGAAGUAAAUAAGAUGACAUGCCAGAAUUUAGCUGUGUGUUUUGGCCCUGUGUUACUGAGCCAGAGACAGGAGACUACCAACCAUAACAACAGAGUCUUCACAGACUCCGAGGAGCUUGCUAGUGCCCUGGACUUCAAAAAGCACAUAGAGGUUCUUCACUACUUACUUCAGUUGUGGCCAGUUCAUCACUCGCCUGCCAAAGAACCAGCACAUGUGACUGCAUUUCCUGAGCACUCAUCCUGCCUGAAUUACCUGAGGCCCAAGAGGCAGAGACCUCAGGUGCUGAAUCUGAGCGGUACCGAGAUGUCGGGGGUGCUCAGACCGAGGCCAGCGGGCCUGGACAGCCCGUCGAGCAACCGCUAUGCUGGGGACUGGAGCAGCUGCGGGGAGAACUACCUGUUAGCCCCCAGGGACUGCCUGGGGGAGGCAGACUACGAUGACGUCCCUUCGGAGGGCACGGAGAGCGGGGAGGACAGCAGCAGGGCCGAGGAGCUGGACGACCCCGCGGGACGCCCGCAGCCCAGCCCUGCAGAGUACUCCUUUGGGAGCUGCCUGACAGUGCCAGCCAUGGACUCUGCAGUGGAUCACAGAGCACACCUCAAGGACCUGCAGGAAAGUAUUGAUACUCUCAUAGGAAACCUGGAAAGGGAACUCAAUAAAAACAAACUAAAUAUGAGUUAUUAAAUCCUGUCCUGCACGACAUCUCCCUGUGCCUCCGUGCCCUUGUUGGGCUUCCCUAGCUGUGUGAGGAGUGACGGUGCCCCUGAGCACCUUGUGGUAAGGCCACGGCCCACCUUGUGUUAGCACAUUUGAAGCCAUUCCGUAAUGUUUCUGCCUUCCCCUUAGAAGGCGUUGUCCUGAUUUGUGUUGGAGACAAGCUUAGACUGUGAUGUGAUUCCACAUAGUGGCAUUUCUUCCUAAAAACACUAUGCACUUAGGUGGCCUGGGCAGUACCUGAUAGAAGAUAAAGCAACAUCUCUGCUGUCAGUGGCAGCAGAAUUCCUCAUUCCUGAACUCCUGGCUCCAGUACAGAUGCUCCUCUCAGAAGAGGAUGAACGCUGCUUGGCCUGAGUUUUGCAGCAGGGACUUCAGAUAGACUUGUUUUACUAUAUAUAUGCAAUGGCUGCUAUGAAAAAUGCUUUAUAUAAUAUUUAUAUAUAAAGUUUUAAUUGUACAAAUAAUAACAUAUUACUGUAUUAACACUUUUCAGUAAUUAUUUAAACAAGCAAAAAUAAAUAUUUUUCUAACCUUGUUUGUAUAUAUCUAUGUAUAAAUGUGCAUGUGUCUGUAGCCAUCUUUGUAAAGGAAAGGUCCCAGAAUUAUGAAAUGUUCCCUUUUCCAGAAAGACAUGUUCAGUGAUGCCAGGACAAGGUUACCCUUUGGGUAACACAGCAUUUGAUUUAUGCACAGAAACAUGGCCAGAGAGAAGGUAGGGUGAAUGAUUAAUGUAAAUGACCUUGUGUAUUGCAGGAACAGCCGUUUGCAGGUGUUGACUAUUAACUCUCUCACACACACACACACACACACACACACACACACACACACACACCACCCUUUCUCUGUUUGUUUGGUUUGGUGGUUUUUUCUUCAUUGUUUGUUUCUUCCUCCAUGGGUUUUUUCACAUAUAAAGAAGGUCUGGAAGGUAUUUACUUUUCAAAAAAUAUUUUUUGUUUUUCCUUUAUAACCUCUUGCUUUGUUUUUGAUGUUUUGGUACGUUUUUUUCUUUUCAGAAUUUCAUGUAUUCUUCUUGUGGUACUCUUGGCUGCUGCUGGUAUGUAGAUUCAUUUGAGCCCUCUCUAAAGGGUUGUGGCUCUGGAGAUGCAAGAUACAAAUUCAGCACAAGUCCAGUUACUUUUUUUUUUUUUUUAAUAUUACUCUCACAAAAAUGGAAACCAGAGUUGUCACGUGAGGUUGAAUGGGUGGAGUGGUAUUACUCCUGGGGAGUUUGGGUGGGAUUGCAGUUCACUGUGACCUUAUUAGAUUCAGCUAUCACCAUCUGCUCAGAGCUUCUCUUAUCUCUGGUCAUUUAUGGUGAGCCAUUAAACAUUUCAUGUUAAGAAGCACAUUCUUGAUUCAGGUAAAAAUAGUCACCAAAUUGUAUACAGGUGUUUUGAUAGUCCUUCUAACCAGAAGGACAUACAGAGUCAUUCCUUGUCCUCUACAGGUCACAUACACACCCCAAGGAAGGGGGGAUUUGGGCAGGUGGGGCUGAGAAGGUUUUGGUGUUUUCAGAGGUCAGUUGCUGUCAGCUGGCAGGGUAGAAAUUAAUCCUGCAUCUUUUUGGUACGAUUUUUGACAUCCCACCAUGGCUUUCCAUUCACCCUGUGGGUAAGUGCUUUUCUGCUAACCUGUACUUCCUUAUACUGCUUAAUUAAGAGUUAUUUAUUUACAGUAGCAAGGAAUUAAGAAUUGCUAUGGCAAACUUCACCCCUCUUUUCUAAGGAAAUAUUUUAGCAUGGUUCCAAUGGGUUAUUCAAUCUCACUAAUUUAUUUUUAUAAGUGUUAAAAGAUGCAAAACAAUUAUUGCAAUAUAAUGAUAUGAAUGAAAAUGUAAAUUUAACCUGAAGCAUUUAUCAAUAAAUCAAUGUAUUUUUUUAAACUUUUAUACCUACAGAAUGUGCAUACUUUUUAAACUAUAAAUUUAAAUUCUAAAUAAAAUUGAAUUAAGAACAAAA